GAAAUAUCAAGUUUAAAUUCCAGUUCCACUACCAAGAAGAAAGAAAAAGACAAGCAAACAACUCAGGAAUCCAUAAACCCCGCCAAAAUGCCGGACUCAACCCAGAACCCGGAGGCUCGCUCAGAGGACGCCUCCAACACCGAGGACGAUGUUCCCGCAACAUUAUUGCCACCCACAGCCAGCUCGGCACACGAGGGGGCGACCGAGACGUCACAGAUACAGGUGGUCUCCGCAAAUUCACCGGAGAAGCCGCUCCCGAUCCCAACCCCCGAGAUGCUCCGCCCGACCAAGACCGUCGAGUGCAACAUGAUGGGAUACACCGACGACGGCGGCGUCGCCCGCCAGAUUUACAUGCCAAAGGGGACCGCGGCGCUUGCAAGGGACUUGUUCCAGGCCAAGAGGUUUUCUGACCUGGCUAAAUUUCCUGCUUGGGACAACCAGAACUACGAUGAUUGGGAGGCGGACGAGGAGAGAUAUGCGUAUUUAAACGAGGAGUUAGGUGACUCGGCUUCGCGAAGUACAUAGCAGGCUUCCAUGUAUCUUACCAGAGGGCUUCACCUCAUCGAUGGUAUCUGAUUACGCUGCCUGACUGACGAGAUCUAGUCUGGGAGUCAAAUAUGGGAAGGACAGCAUACAAGGCCGAAAGACCGAGCCCAGUUGAGAGAUGGGACGAACCACAUUUGGCGACUGAGUUGUCUUUUAA